CCAACUCCAUUGAUUUUUUCCAUUGGGAUUGGGUGCUUGUUACCGUUCUACUGCAGUUAAAUUUAGUUAAAGCCAGUCGUAAUGUUUAGUGCGCUAAUGCUUAUAUGCUCGAAGUUCCCGUUCAGUGUGUUCUAACACAAGAUAAUCAUUUUUUCGUGUAUUGUAUUGUUAUGAUACAGGUGCAGCUUACACUACUAUAAUUUAAAAAUGGCAAAGUACAGCUUUAAAACAAUCAGUCAAAAGCAUAAAACGUUUCCUACAGACGUUAGCAUGUAUGGUAUGCUGAAGUGCAAGUCGCAGUUAAUGGAGGAGCAGGAAAAUGUGACAUUAAUCAUCAAUCGUCGAAAUUCUGUUCGCCCCAAACCAAAGAGCUGGACGUGGAACGUACUUCGGUGCAGAUGGCAGAAGAAAUUAGUGCUGUUGCUGAUACUAAUUUGUAUGUGUGUUCUUAUUAUUUACGCCAACACGCAUGUAUUAGUUCGGGGAAACAUACUAUCAGCAUUUCUUUCGAGCCGCCUUAACAAAUUAUCACACAUUGAAAACCAAGAGACAAAAUAUUCCGAUGCCCAAAAAACAACGACGGUCCUUCAGCAACAGCCCAUCUUAAAGCCUAUCCACUAUUUGCUGAACUUUUCCUCCCCGCAGCUGGAACUGGGCGCACAGUUGAAUCACCUUUCUUCGGACUAUAAUAUAUUUAUAAUUUAUACCAAAGAAAACUACCAUCUAAACCUAAAACUCGAUCUGUUUGCACACAGUCUGCUUAAGCACACGAGUGCCCAACUCCAUCUACAUGUAAUCACCGACAAAGAGAGCUCCAGCUCCGUGAUGGAGAUCCUUCAACGGCAAAUUCGAAGAUUCCGAUUUGGAUUUGGAUUGAUAUAUACGAUGUAUGACGUCAAAGUCUGCUCUACCAUAAUAGAGGAUAUAGCUGCCAAGUUGUCGCCAUACUUCAGCUCAGGACCCAACUCUUAUUAUAGCGACUCGAUGUUUUUUUUGUCCCUCGGGUUGCAUAGAAUCGCCGAUGCAAGCUUAAACAGAGUCAUUCUGCUUGAUUGUGAUAUAGUCUUCCGUUCUGAUGUUCGGUUACUCUUCAAUGAAUUUGAUCACUUUCUGCCGCAUCAACUCUAUGGACUGGCGCCGGAACUUACUCCAGUUUACCGACAUAUCCUCUACCGUUACCGCGUACGUUUUCCAAAAUCUGGUUUUGGCAACCCAUAUUAUCCAAUUAACCACGAAAUGGGAAAUCAACACAAUCGCAACAACCAUGAGCGCCAUGGUUAUCCGGGUCUGAACUCUGGAGUCGUACUGCUGCUUUUAGAUCGCAUAAGGAGCUCAAACUCAUACCUGGAAAAGCUUACAAACUCUGAAGUGCAGACGCUGGUCGCCAAAUAUUCCUUCAAGGGUCAUUUGGGAGACCAAGAUUAUUUCACCUUGCUGGGAUACGAGUACCCCAACUUGAUAUAUAGAUUAGAUUGCGUGUGGAAUAGGCAGCUUUGCACUUGGUGGAAAGAUCAUGGAUAUAGUGACAUAUUUGACGCAUAUUUUCGAUGCGAUGGCAAUAUCAAAAUGUAUCAUGGCAAUUGUAAUACACGAAUUCCAGAAUAAAUAGUUAAAAAAUUGUUAUAGAAA